AUGUCAUUAAGAACUGCCAACGAAGCUGUGAUGCAAGUAACUUUUGAAAUUCUCCUUCCAAUGUCAUUUCAUGUCACGGAGCUUCAUCUUAUAGUUGAUGGAAUGAAGAAAAGUGGUGACAGAUGCUUUGGUUUUGUGGACCUUUUUGUUUUUGAAAGUGGGGAUGGCCCAUUGAUAUCAAAUGUUGUAUUAGAACUCAAAUAUAUUACAAUUACUGGCCUGUUAAGUGGAGCACAGGGAUUCUGGAUAAAGAACCCAGACACAAAAAUUAUGAACCUGUUGGAUAAAGAUCUUGAGAAUGAGAAUGAAGAGCAUUUGUUGCAAUGGAUGGUGAAAAGUUUUACCGAUUCAGGUAUUCUAUAUUCAAGAAUCAUAGUUGAAAAAGGAUCCUCUAAAUUAAGAGGUUACCUUAUUAUGUCUAUAGGCACCUGUCGUAUGCUAGUACGAUCAUAUGAGCCAUAUGUUGAGAAAAAUUUUUCACCCCACCUUAUUGCUACUGGUCACUACACCGAAGUAGUUUUUAAUAACGAACAGUAUUAUUUAAGCAAACCCAAAGAUAAAGAAAAAGACCAGACUUAUUUUCUUUGCCAAGUUAAUCCAAUGCUUUUCAAAAAAAUAAUUUUUCUGCUGGCUAACUUAACUAAGCAAGAAGUUCGUCAAUUAGCUCUUCAUUUGCAAUUAGUCAACGCCAAAAAAAAAGACUCAACGGGCAUUUGCUUUAUUGGCAAAAGAAAAUUUGAUAAAUUUCUUGCUAAUUACUUAACUAAAAGUGUUGGAAAAAUAAUAGAUGUUGACAAGAAAAAAAUAAUUGGUCAACACCAAGGCACCCCUUAUUAUACAAUUGGUCAAUGGCGUAAUUUAGGUUUAGCAGGUCACUGCACCCCUUAUUAUUUGGUUGGCAAAAAUGACAAAAAAAAUUUGCUUUAUGUUAGUCAAGGUCGAAAUAAUAAAUGA